AUGACUGGGGAUAGCAGCAGCUUAGCGUCCAAGGAAACCCGCCUCCCUUUGUGCGAUAUGACUAAUGUUCCAAGCAAAAGAGGGAUUUCCUCGAUUUUGGGUGAUUUUCUUUUGAAAUCUGGAGAUGAUUCUGGUAAAGCCGUCGCUCGUGAAGGCUCAGGGGUAAAGUUUUCAAAGAGGCUGUGUUUAGUUGUAGACGACUUGGUCAAGGAGAGUACUAGGACUAGUGAUACAAACGAUGGCUCUUGUUCGGAUGAUAAGAACAGUUUCGGUGAUUCCCCUGUUGUUGAUGGUGACUCUGAGAAUUUCGAUCUCGUCGAUGUUAAAGAAUCUCAGGGCGAGACCAAUGCGCUGGAUAUCGGUGGUGUUCAGCAUUCGAAAGGUGAAGAUGAUGGUGUACUUAGCCAGAGAGAGUGUGAUGAUAAGGACUCGAACAUGACUGUCUUUGGAAGCCAAACGGAUGCUGUUACAGGUGAAGACGUGGCCAUGGCUGUGUUCAGUAGCAGCAAUAGCGAAAGUGAUGAGAGGUUGGCGAUGGUGGCGACCGAAGACACGGGUUUGUUGUUGCCUGAUUCUCAGGACAUUAAGUCGUUUAACAUGAACAGAUGUUCGAAUUUUGACAGUAUUGGGAUUGUAAAUCACGCUAUGGAAGCUGAUGAUGAGCUUAAAUCCUGCUCUUGUUCUUUCUGCCUCAAAGCUGCAUAUAUCUGGUCAGAUCUUCACUACCAGGAUAUCAAAGGUCGAUUAUCUGUGCUGAAGAAGAGCCAGAAAGAAGCUAGUAGCUUGAUCAAAAGGAAUGGUAAAGAAAAGCCAGUGGAUAUUCAUGGAUCUGAAAACUCCAACAGCUCCACAAAUGCAGAAUUCGACGCCAUGGGUCAAUGGACAUCUCUCUUUCUUAACAUGGAGGGUAUCUUGGCUCGUGAAAGCAGCCACCUUGAUAAUAGCUUCAUAGCCAUGAAAGAGUUGAGAGAAAAUUGCAAGAUUGAUCUGGAGAGAGCGAUGAAAACACCUCAACCUAACAACACUUAG